AUGCUCUUAACAUGCAAAAUCGAUAGCUGUGCCAGAAUUUGGGCAUUUUGUGACUUUAUCCAUAUUCAAGUUAUCAAUACUUCAAAGGAGCCGUUGGAAAGUAUAUUAACAAGAUUCAUUUUAACCUUUGCUGGUUCUGAAGAGAUAGAAAAUUCGGCGGAAAAAAAUCAUCGAGAAACAUUGGUUAAUGGCUUGAUCGAAGGAUCCAAGCUAAAGGAAAAUGAAAGAGUCAAAUAG